AUGCUACGCGCCUUUGACUUUAUAAGACCAGCCGUAAACAGGGGUGGUGGCGGCCUCUUUUCACGGCAACUCCCUCCAGACCAAUGGCAGCUGGAGAGGUCAAACCUAUUCAACACAAGCAUGGUGUUGAUGCAGAUCACGCCCACAUCAUAUGCUGCUCCUCCCGAAAUCUCCCUGGCAUAUGUGGAGGACAGCAUCAAUGGAAAACCGGCUCGCCUAAGAGAAUAUGCGAAGUGGAUCAAGUACACAGAGUCUCCUUUACCCUGCGGCGCGGUGCCAAAGCUCGAGGCUCAAGGCAUCGGCCCUUGGGAGGUUGACGAGGACGACGGCGAGAUUCAUUGGGUGAUGCUUACUGCGGGCGGCAUGGACCCGUUGAUGAAAGCGGACAGCGAAACUCCUGUGCCGGACAAUGAGGGCGCAGCUCCCUUGGCUGGAAAUCAUGGCGGGACCGAAGCACGCAAAACCAUCCCGAGCCGCGUGUCCACUAUAUCUGAUACACAGGGAGGUUAA